ACCAAACAUGCAGAAGACGGAAGAGGCGUUCCAGACGCGUCAACGCUGUGUCUCGAUAAAGUUGAGUUUUGCAGGUGUCAAGUUCGUCUGUUUUUGUUGGAGAUGAUUUUUCCGGCAGUUUUUAUCCUGUUGGUGACGGGAGUGACGGUUAAUAGUGACCGGCAUUCCCUCACUUACAUCUACACAGCGUUCUCUAAUCGCUUGGACCUCCCAGGCAUUCACAAGUUCACAGCCUUGGGUCUACUGGAUGACAAGAUAAUCGACUACUACGACAGUGACAUCCAGAAGAAAGUUCCCAGACAGGACUGGAUGGAGAAACGUCUGGAUGCAGACUACUGGGAAAAAGGCACUCAGUCUCGACAGAGCAAAGAGCGCUGGUUCAAAGUCAACAUCGACAUCCUGAUGGAGCGAAUGCACCAGAACAACACAGACUUGCAUGUUCUUCAGUGGCAGCACGGCUGUGAGGGUGACAUGCAGCCCAAUGGCUCCAUGACGUUCCAUCGAGGUAUGGACAGCUACAGCUAUGAUGGAAAUAACUUUCUGUUCUUCGACGAUGCCAACUCUGUGUGGGUCGCCCCAGUUGAGGCGGCCUGGCAGACCAAGAGGAAGUGGGACAAUGUGUUGGCACUGAAGGAUUACACCAAAGGCUACCUGGAGAAAGAGUGCAUCGAUUGGCUGAGCAGGUUCAUCAAAUACGGGAAUCAGCAGCUCAGGAACGCCUCUCGGCCAGACAUCUAUUUGUUUUCAAAGAAAUCCAAAACUGAGGCAAACAUCAUUCUAACGUGCAUGGCCACGGGUUUCUACCCCAAACACAUCAUUCUGCAGAUCAAACGCAACGACCGCAUCCUCACCAGAGAGGACGGCGUGAUGAGCACAGGGCCACGACCCAACGAUGACGACACCUACCAGCAGAGGGACAGCGUGGAGAUUUUAAAGAGUGACAAAUCGACGUACAAGUGCAUAGUUAUCCAUAAAGCAAGUGGCUUGUAUGCUGAGGAGGUCUGGGAUGGGCAUCUUCCGGAGUCCCCUGGUUCGGUACUAGUUGUGGCUAUGGUUUUACCCCUGGUCCUGCUUGCGUUUGUGCCUGUGUUGCUGCUCAUCUUAUGGAAAAAGAACAUAAUCCGUUUCAACUGUGGAUGCUCAGGAGCCAGCAGUGGCAGCAGCUCACCCUCAGGAGCCCACAGUGGCAGCAGCUCACCCUCAGGAGCCAGCAGUGGCAGCAACUCACCCUCAGACUCUGGGAGUAAAGAAUCUAUGUCUAGUGACUCUGGUGUCUCUGGACUCCUCAAUAAAAAGAACACAGAUGAAGCCGAGUAUCAGACCGGCCAGAGUCCAAACCCAGAAUCUGAGAAAAUGCUCCAGGGCAACGAUGCAGCAGUUUGAAUGGUUCAGCUUCUCUGUCUGCUCACAAAUGCGGCAGUAAAAGGAAGAAAUAAAUGUGGAAAAACAAAUGUUCUUCUUAAAUAAUCUAAGAAAUGUUUUUAGACAUGCGAAUUAAGUUUUUGUUUGUUUUUUUCAAAUUUAUGGUGGAAAAUCCUCGAGCCACAUCAUGAAACAUGAUUUUUGUGCUUCAUCACUUAAACUACAUUUGACGGGAAAAAAAAAAAAACAUUACAGUAAUCUUAUCGUUAAAGUAGAACUUUAUUCUUCCUUUUUUUUCUUUUUU